AUGAACCGCGACCAAGUGACCGAGGCCGUCCGUGAGGCUGUACAAGUGCGGUCCUCCGACCAGGCUCCCCGUGCCAGAAUCGGCAGGAGCAAUACAGAGCUUCCUCCGUACGUCCAUCUCCUCCCCUCUACUGCCUCAUUUUCUGAGCCGCCCUCUCCCCCUUAUCACUAUCCAUUUUAUAGCAGCCAUUCCGGCUCAAGACCCUCCACCGCGUCUCGGCGUUCUCACUCCCAGGACUCUGGCAUCAACACCACCAACGCCAUGGACAAAAACAAGUCCAGCGGACGUCCGCGCAUGGGGAAGAAGGGGUCAUCGCAUGCAGAUGUUAUCGAUAGGCUAGAUUUCUCUGGUGUUGGUCCCAUGUUUCAUCACGAUGGGCCCUUCGAUGCCUGCGCUCCCUCUCGCAAUCGCCAUAAGACCAAAGCGCCCAUGAUGGCCUGGAGCGCAGUCACCGAUGCUGACAAGGUAGCUCUUGCUAGUGCUCAAGAGAUCCCUCGCGCAUACGAAUCCCCCUACCCUUCUCAUGACGUUUACGUGCCCUACGAGGCCCCCAAGAAGAAAUAUGAUGCUAUUGCCGAAGCUUGGGGUAUCCAUGAGCCAGAGCCCUUUGAAGAUUUUUCGGCCGGCGGUGGGCACUCUAGAUUCGGAGGCGACAGUCACUCCUCAUCCCGCAACGGGACUGUGAAGAGGCCCCAGGACCGAAACCCUCGUUAUCGGGAACAAUCGGACGACGCUCGUCCCGCGCCUGUCCGCCGUCAGACUUCCGCUCGCGGUGCGCUUCCUCCUCCCCAGCCAAUUUUUGUGCCGGAGGCGGAGGGGGAAGUGGCUUCGUCCACAGAACCUCCUUCGCCGAACGGAACCCCCAGGCGCACCAAGUCCAUCAUCCGCCGCAUUCGCAAAAUGCGAGACUCGCCAAACGUUCCCAUGGGUUCAGAUGACGAUACCCGUAACCGCGACCCAUCACCAACAUCCUCCGCCGAGAACUCCGCCGCGACACACUCCACUUCAAACGCGCAUACCACGCGGCCUACGCACCGUCCGCAGAACUCGUUCCUUGGGCGAUUUGGGCGUGCUGCUAAUAUCGCCGUACGGAGGGACGGUCCUGCCUCAGACGAUACCGGCUAUGUGUAUGUGGAAGACCCGAUCCAGAUGCCUAUCAAUAAGGAGAAAUCUCUGCCUGCGACACCUGUCGGCAGAGAUGGUUACACCACCACGGGCGAAAAUGGUACUGGAUACUUUGAUGGGACCGUAGCCGGGUCGGCUGGCGGUACUCUCGGCAGGAAGACCAGCUUGAUCAAGAAAGUCAAGGGCGUGGUGAAGGCCGCGAAGGCGUGA